GGAGUCGAGGAGGGGAAGGGUGGGGGCAGUCCCUGUGUAGUAUGGACAGUAAGAGAACAGGCAUCAAGAGGAAACACGGCACAAAAUCAAUUCCCAGACACAUCGGUGGGAACAACACAGAGUCAAGCGAGGGCGUGACCAGACACCAGAAGCACGUGACCACUAGUAACGCCGCCAGUCAGACCCAGCCGGCGAUCAUUAUGAAAGACGGGGGCCUGGACGCCGACACCCUGAUAGAGGUCAUGGCAGUUCACCCAUACAACAAAAGGGACCCCACCCGUUUCGACUCUGCCUUCCAGAAUGCUGAGUUAGACUCCAAGGGGGAUGCGAACAAGCAGGAGGUGAUUGGCGUCCUGGGCAGCGGGGACUACGGCAGGGCGAUUGCAGGGAAGAUCGCUCAGUCUGGCUACACUGUCCUUAUCGGCUCUCGUGACCCAGGCAAUCCGCAGAUACAGGAGCUGGUACGUGCCAAACCAGGAUGUCGCCUCGUCACGCAGGAGGAGGCAGCGAAGGCAGAGAUGGUAGUGGUGGCUGUUGGCGCCGACCAUUACCGCCGCCUGCCCCUUGGCCUGCUCAAGCACAAAGUGGUCAUUGACGUGGCCAACUUUACCGCCCCACCGUCCCCUCAUCAGCCAAGUAACGCCGAGAUGCUGCAGCAGCUGAUCCCGCAAGCACAAGUAGUCAAGAGUUUCAACGUGCUAUCAGCCUAUGCUCUCGAGAACAACGUGCAGCAGCAGGCUAAACAGGUGCCCGUAGCGUCGGAUUCGCCCGAGGCAAGACGCCGCGUCCUGGAACUCGUGAAGCAGAUGGGCUACUCCCCAAUCGACAAAGGGCCGCUCAAAUUUGCCCGAGACAUCGAGGCCAUUCCGUUACAGCUGAUGCCAUCGUGGAGGAAGCCGUUGAUGGUUGUUGGCAGCCUAUUUGUUUUCCACUACCUUUUGUUACUCUUCAAAUACCAGGUGUGUGGCAGCAUCCAGUCUGGGGAGUCUUGGAGGCAGAAAACACUAAAGAAUUUGGCGCUCCUCAACCUGAACCGAGCCAUCGCCAUCACUUCCCUCUGGUCCCUCACACUUUGUUAUCUUCCAGGUGUGAUAGCGGCUUACCUGCAGCUGGCCUGGGGCACCAAAUACAGGCGGUUCCCCUCGUGGCUUGACACGUGGCUCAAGAUGAGGAAGCAGAUGGGGCUCCUCAUGAUGUGGAUGGCUGCUAUACAUAUGUGCUUGGGCGUGGCCGUGUGGUCGGGAACUUACGACCCUCUGGUGUGGGAGCCGCCCUUCAUUGCAUCGGUGGACGUGCGGGUGAACAGCACCACCCUGGUCACUCAGGAGAUUCCCAUCUACAGCAACAGAAUGAGCCUGCGGGGAGAACUGUUCCUCACCUUUGGGACCUUGUCGAUGUUCAUUACCUUCCUCGUCGGAGUCUCGUCCCUGCCCUCAGUCGGAGCCACUCUCACCUGGCGGGAGUUUAACUUCGUGCAGAGCAAGCUAGGAUGGGUAGCACUGCUUACGGCCGUGAUGCACGACGGUCUGCUGGGCUGGGGCUUCUCCGCUGACGACUACGCUGUGUGUUCUCUCCCUUCUGGUGCACAGUACGCCCUCAUUUUCCCCUUGGCAACUGUGGUGCUGAAGCUGCUGCUGGUGACGCCCUGCUUGGACGGUCCCCUGCAGAAGAUACGCCGUGGUUAUGACAGGGAAAAGAGGCCGUCCGCUGUGCACCCGCUCCCGCACGUCACCUCUUACGACAUGGCCAGGAGAGGCAGAGAUGACCGCACCGGCUUAUGGCACGUUCUUCCCGUGGAGGAUCGUCCACGUGUCAUUCAUGCAUAACAAAAGCAACAACGCACCACUGCAGGGAAGAAUAAGUCCGUGUACUCACAACUCUGCCCCACAAAUGUAAACUAAUAAGUAUACUCUAUAUAUUUGGUACAAAUUAAUAAAGCUGGCCAUGAACCUUUGAA